GCGAAGAAUAGUAAACUAAGAUCCGUUCGGCAAGGAAAAUACUAACGGACUCAUUCGAUAUGAUAGACAACAUGGACCAGCACACUACUUGAUUAAGAUAAAGUCAUAUUCAGCACUGGCUGGGCUCGAAAGCUACGAAUCUCACGUGUUUGAAGCCAGUGGCUACAACUGGAAGAUGAUUUUGUAUCCUCAUAGAAAGAAUGAAGCCAAAAGGGAUAGGCAUAUCUCACUUUACUUAGCAAUAGCAAAAACUGAGGAUCUCCCUGCUGGUUGCCAAGUGUUGGUUCAUUUCAAAUUUUUGGUUUAUGAUCAGAUCCAUGACAACUACUUGGUCAUUGAAGAUGAAGGAAAGCAGUUGAAACGUUUUCAUGUGGCGAAGACAGAGUGGGGUUUUGAUGAACUGGUUCCUACGGAUACAUUGGAAGAUGUCGCUAAUGGACAUGUUGUUGAUGAUUUAUGCGUGUUUGGAACUGAAAUCUUCGUACACGAAUAUUGUGGGAAUUGGGAAUGUGUUUCCCCAGCGAGUAAGGAUCCAUCAUUUGGUACAUACACAUGGAAGCUAACGAACUUCUCCAAAAUUGGAACUGAAUAUUGUGACUCCGAAUCAUUCACUGUUGAAGGCGCAAAAUGGUAG